AUGGCUUCUACUCGCCUGCCUGCCCCCGAGGUCCACAAGUCCGUCAACCUCCUCAUUGACAACCUCGUCAACAUCAAAGAUGAGACCGGCAGGUUCCUCAUGCCCCUAGCCGACGGUCGCAUCAUCGACACCAAGUCCUGGCAUGGUUGGGAAUGGACCCACGGCAUCGGUCUGUACGGUCUAUGGAAGUACUAUGAAUUGACCGGCGACGAGCGUCUAUUGAAGAUCAUCGAGGACUGGUUUGCCGCACGAUUCGCCGAGGGCGGAACCACCAAGAAUAUCAACACUAUGGCCGUGUUUUUGACUCUGGCGUAUGUCUACGAGAAGACUGGCAAUCCUACAUAUCUGCCUUGGUUGGAUGCGUGGGCGGAGUGGGCGAUGCAUGAUCUGCCCCGGACCCGGUACGGCGGUAUGCAGCACAUCACAUAUCUCACUGAUAAUUACCAACAAUUAUGGGAUGAUACCCUGAUGAUGACUGUCAUGCCUCUCGCUAAGAUUGGCAAGCUGCUCAAUCGUCCCCACUACAUUGCCGAGGCGAAGAAGCAGUUCCUCACACAUAUCAAGUACCUAUUCGACACGAAGACGGGUCUUUGGUUCCACGGGUGGACGUUUGAGGACGGUGGUCACAACUUUGCCAAUGCGCGCUGGGCUCGGGGAAAUAGCUGGGUGACUAUUGUGAUUCCGGAGAUUAUUGAGCUGUUGGACUUGGAGUCCACCGAUCCUAUCAGGCUACACCUGAUCGAGACGCUGGACGCACAGGUCGAAGCUCUGCAACGUUUCCAGUCCGAGUCGGGCGCUUGGCACACUCUCCUCGAUCACCCAGAUUCUUAUCUGGAAGCCUCUGCUACUGCGGGCUUUGCCUACGGUAUCCUCAAGGCCGUGCGCAAGCGCUACAUCAGCGCAAACUACCUCCCCGUCGCUGAGAAGGCUAUCGCUGCGGUGCUGAAGGAUGUGGAUCCCAAGGGUGAACUCCUCAAUACUAGCUUUGGCACUGGCAUGGGUGAUUCCUUGCAGUUCUAUAAGGAUAUUCCCUUGACUUCCAUGCCUUACGGUCAGGCCAUGGCUAUCAUGGCUCUGGGUGAGUACCUGCGGACUUACCUGUAG